CACCGUUGACGACAUGCACGCAAGCCAAAGUGUUGGACAUAUGGGAGAGGAUGCCAUGUAGAACGUGCCUGAGUGCUCGCUCGGGUACAGCAGGACCUCAAGCCAGGGUUCCUGUUGCAAAGGAUCGUGGGAGAGAGGAGUCCGGGCUGUGCUGUGGUUUCGCAGUUUAGUCAGCGAAAACCUCGCACCACUCAGAGACAUGAUCGCGGCAGAUCAGAGGACAUCUGAAAGCGAGUCCAACUCUCGCUCCUAUUAGGGGUUCCACAGGGAUGGCAUGCAUCCUGCACAGGGCAAGGCAAUGCCCUAUGCCUUAAGUAGCCGAUGACAGUUAAAGUGCUCUCAUCAUCUUCUCACAGCAUUCUUAAAUAACAGACCUGAUUCUUAUUUGGGAUUUAGCUAACUCCAGGCUUGUGGGGUACAAUGCCAGACCAUUUUUCUUUGGGUUUUUUUUGUUGGUUUUUAUUAGCUGACAUCAAAGGGAUAGUCGGCAGGAGAACAGCUACCAAUUCUGGCUGAAGACUGUUUUCAAUAAUCCUUUAUUUGCCAUUCUUCCAGGUUGGUCAAAGCCACGGGACAGUCCAUUUUUCCAGCUGUUGCGCAAUAGUAGCAGGAGACCGGGAGAGCGAUGUGUGUGGAAUGUGUCAUCCUUCGCAACACGUGUGCAGGCACAGCAGGCCGGUAGAUCAGACAGUACCCGCACAGAGAAGGAUACGGCCAGUGAUGCCCGCAGAGUUGCCCAGCUAAUGCUCCAAACAAGCUGGCACCUGUGGCUAACGGCAGUGCCAAUCUGUGGUGUAUUUUUGCCAUCUGUAGCAACCGCAAUUCCAAACUGCCAGAGAUAUCCAAUAGUAGUAGGAGAAGACGGCAGUACUAGUGUAAACCCAAAAGGGUUAGAUGAGUGGCUACUGAUCCUAAAAGUUCCCAAGCACUCAAGCCACUUAUAUUUGACUGGACACUACCCAACCUAACUGCCCCACUCAGAUUCACAGGUGAAGCUCAGAUAAUGUCGACAAGCUGUUAAGAUUACUUCCUCUGACCUUAACUAACAGGGUCACUUUAUGACCUAGAUUUGUCUUCCUAGAGUACUGCGAUUUAUUUAUUUUUUUCAUCAUCUAGGCAUAGAUUAAAGAACAUUAUUUUGAUCUGUUGUCUUUAACUUGAAAGCUAGAAACAGAAUGAAAAUGAGAUCAGGCUCGCGUUCCUCUGAAGCUUUUAUUAAACGGACAUGUGGUGGCUCUGUGUCUCAGGCUGAUGAUAGGAAAAGCUUCACGGGAAGCAAUAAUAAAAAUGCUGAUCUCAAAAGUAUUUCCACGUUAAGGAUUGGAAGGAUGUAUCCAAGCUGUUUAUUCGACAGUGUUUGGCCCUAAAGGCUCACUGCUGUCAACUGAGCUACAGCAAGGCCAGGAUUUCAGAGACAUUUGAGCGGUUUAUGAACUUAGCUGCAAAUGAUUAAAAUGUGUGAGGACGGAGCUCUCGCCAGAAGCGACCCGGCUUCUGAAAGAGGCUCUUUUAUUAGGGCCGGUUUGUGUGGUGAUUUCAUAUACCAGAGUGUGUGUGUGCGUGUACACAUGCGUGUGUGUUUUUCCAGGUUCAUCCGAGGUUCUUGGGGGCCCUGUAGCAGAACAUGCGGCGCUGGCACCCAGAGGCGGACGGUGAGGUGCCAGGUGCUGCUCUCCUUCUCCCAGGCCGUGGCCGACUUGCCCGAUGAUGAGUGCGAGGGGCCGAAGCCGGCGGAGAGCCAGCCCUGCUACCGCGCUCCCUGCCAAGGCGUGAGGGCCGAGGCAGACAACGACAGGACACAGACCACAGCCACCGGCAGAGAGGAGCUGCACGACUGGGAGUACAAGGGCUUCACAGAAUGCUCAGAGACCUGUGACGGAGCUUGUGGCACUCUGAGACCCUGCUCAAGGAUGAAGGAGGCAGUGGUGAUCUGUCUGAACAAGCAAACCAGAGAGGCCGCAGACGAACGUGAAUGUGUGAGCGCCCGACGACCUCCCCAGCUCAUACAGGCCUGCCACACCAGGCCCUGUCCACCCCGGUGGGUGGCGGCGGCGUGGAGCUUUUGCUCAGCGACGUGUGGGGUCGGCCUCCAGACGCGCGCCGUAAGCUGCGUCCCGAAAGGAAGAGCGCACGGCAACCGCACCGAGAGCAUCAAAGACGAGGAGUGCGAGCAGCCCAAGCCUCCCUCUGUCCAGGCCUGUAACCGCUUUGACUGCCCACCCACGUGGGAUGUCCAGGAGUGGACUCAGUGCUCGCAAACUUGCGGAGGAGGGAGUCAGAAGAGGGAGGUGACCUGCAAGCAGCGAAUGGCAGACGGAAGUGUGCUGGAGUUGCCUGAAACCUUCUGUCCAUCUCCAGGCUUGCCCGCAGAGCAGGCCUGUGGCCAGAUAGACUGCCCUGCCCACUGGAUCUUCGCCAACUGGACUCAGUGCUCAGCAACCUGUGGAGAAGGGACCCAGAGGCUGUUAGUGGUGUGCAGGAGGCAGGAGCCAAGUGGGCAGUACCGGACUGUGCUCCCUGAGGCCUGCGCAUCCAUCCCAAAGCCCUCCACUGCUCGAUCAUGUUCCACCGGACCCUGCGAGAAGACUUUCAAGCCAGCAGUUGCCAAACCAAAACCUACCAUCUUGGCUCAGCAGAAGGUCUAUAUUCAGUGGAGGAAAGGUCCAAAAUUACACUUAGUGGUGGGUGGAUAUGCCUACUUACUCCCGUGGACAUCUGUAGUGCUCCGCUGCCCGACCCGCCACUUUCAUAAGGGCCACGUCCGCUGGCUAAAGGACGGAAAACCGUUGACACUCCCGCCUCAUGUUUCUAUAUCUCACAUGGGUUACGUCAAGAUUCAGCAGGUCCGUGCCUCAGAUGUGGGAAUGUACACUUGUAUCGCUGAGCAGACACAGGAGAGUUUUGUUCUGAAGCUUAUUGGCAACAAGCAGAAGGUGUCGGUGUCAGAAACUGACCUGUGGGUCACAGACGACGUUAAAAGUUCCCCAAAGACCUUCCAGAUGUCAUCCACACCUGAGGAAAAAGCUAAAGAGGUGCUCUCUCUUAACCGCUAUGACACCAUCGUGCAGCACUUGCUUGACCUGAAGGAUUUGCUCUUGCUGCAUUUUGCUGAGAAAAAUGGGUCCCUUCAGGAGGAGGACACAAGUUUGGAAUCUCAGGCCCCACAGGUGCUGGUGGCAGAUAUGCCAAAGCUCGAUGAGAUCACCAGUAAUUUGUCUGGCAGCCUCCAGGAGCUCCAGACGCAUGAGCUUCUCAUGCAACUCUUAGGGGAUCCAUCUAAGAAUACUGGGGAGAACAAUGAAUCCACAUUGGAACCCCAUGAGAGACCAGAAUUGUCAGCGCAGGGUUACAUUUCUCAAGAGACUGAUUUACUGGCAUCCCAUUCCACCAGACAAUGGAGAGGGCAUUUCCGAAGCCCAGUCAUUACACAGAAACCUUCAAGAAGCCACACAUUAACUCAUAAAAUAGUAGCCCAUGUUGGUGGCGUUGUUGUGGUCCCAAGACAAGUCACUAGGCUGGAGCUUAAAUGCCAAGCACAGGGCAACCCACAACCAACGAUCAUUUGGACGAAGGAGGGGAUGGAGUUGACAAACCACAGCAGAGUAGGCCUGAUGCCAGAUGGCUCCCUGCAUAUUGAGGCCCCGAGGGAAACAGACUCUGGAUUCUACACAUGCAGAGCCACAAAUCGUGUGGGCUCCACCUCGCUGUCAUCUCGAGUGCAAAUAACAGAAAAUGGCUGUGUAACUGGUUCUGGCGAGAGUAACAGCUCUUUCUGCUCAGACAAUGUGCAGUCAUUCAACUCCUGCCAUGGACAUCACUGCCACCAAAGGUGGCAGGUAUCUUCCUGGUCCGCCUGCUCUGUGAGUUGUGGUGGUGGGCUACAGAGUCGCAGUGUGACCUGUCUAGGGCUUGCAGGAGGAGUGAGGACCUGUACGGCAGCUGGUAGGAGACCUGCAGAAAACAGGUUGUGUAACUCCCAACCCUGCUUUGGAUGGACAACAGUGUCAUGGGGCCCUUGUCAUGGGAAAUGUGUCGGACCACGACAGGCUCUGCAGCAUAGACAUGUGUUCUGCCAAGACAAGAACAACACAAGAGUGGCCAAUCAACUGUGCAGCAGUCAGCCCAGACCCUCCUCCUACCGCAACUGCACUACACAGGCCUGUGCUCUGCAGUGGCGCGUUGGGCCAUGGACUCAGUGCACAGCCACCUGUGGUCGUCAUGGUUUCCAGUCGCGCCAUGUUACAUGUGUGCAUCACCGCAGUGGGAAAUUGGCCCGGGAGUUGCAGUGCGCCUGGAGGCGUCGGCCCGCUAGCUGGCAACGCUGCAACAUCCUGUCCUGUGGGAAAGGUACAGGUGAGUGUCAGGACAGUACACGGUACUGUGAGAAGGUCCGCCAACUGCAGCUGUGCCCUCUACCCCAGUUUAAAGCACGCUGCUGUCGAUCCUGCAAGGGCACCUGAGUCUCAUACAGGAGCAGAGACUAAAGCAGAGCCAGAACACCACCUCCAUGCCCGGCACACAACCCAGCGGAGGCUAUAGGGUCAGAGGGAUUCAAGGAUGUCUGAAAUUGGCAGUGAUUCAGAUCCAUUGAUUAGUCCCAUUAAAAACACAUGGGGACUAGACUGGAUGCAAAUUGUUAGUAAUUGACUUUGACUUCAGUGAAGGCUUUGAUGUAAGUGUUUGUGUGUGUGUGUGUGUGUGUGUGUGUAUAUAUAUAUAUAUAUAUAUAAUUUUUUUUCUCCCCUUUUCUUUGUGCAUUGACCGCCUUUCUGAUGGUCCAUAGAGAUGAUAGAUAUGUUGAAAUUCACUGGAUUGCACAUCCUAGACUCAGUCGUCCGUAAAUCUAAAGUGGCCUCUGGGCACAAAGGAAUAUCUGCAGGGGUUCAGUGGAGGUUUAGGAUUUCUUGUAAUUGUGUUUAACAAAAAAAAAAAAGGUUCUCUUAAUGUCAGCAAAAUUGUUUAUUUCAUUGGGUAACUAAAGGAGUUUGCUAGUUCCUUUCCUUUCCAACCAACCAGUGAAAAUGUAUUGGCGUACACAGCAUGCCAGUUAAACAUAUACCCCCUGCUGAAUGAAAUUUAAAUGGGAGUAGAAAUCCAAAAAUUUUAAUAACUAAUUUAAAGCUGCACUAAUGUUUAUGCUGUGCUACUUUUAAAAAAUCUUAAAUCAGUGGAGAGGUUUAUAAUUAUCAGAUUUGGAUUCUUAUUAAUGAAGAAAUUAACCCCAUUGCCCAGUAUUAAAAAUGAGAAUUCAGUAGUGAAUGGGAACCCCAACAGCUUUGCACUCAUGAUUUCCAGGUCCAUGUUCAAAUGUGGCUUGAUUUUUCUUAUUGUUAUUAUUGUUUGCUUUUAUUUCUGUCACUCUUUUAUAGAUUGUUGUAAUUAUCAGUAUGUCAUUUUGUUGGCUAAGACUUAACCACUUAUCAAUAUAGUAUGGUUCUACCUAGUACCCUCUUCCCUGAAUAGGUAUUGCUGUUGGGUAAAGUUUGAGGUCAAAUACAUAUCUACGUGUAGCUAAAAUUAGUUGCAUACCAAAGAUACAUAAAAAGUGCUUUAGAAAAAGAAAGAUUUCCUUUUCAACUCAUGACACACUGCCAGAAAAUAUCCAGACGAAAUUCAAUGACUCGCAAUUGUGCUAUUGUUACUCUGUGUCACCUUGAAAUGUUUUCUGCAUAUUCCCUGAAAACUAAACUUGAAAGUUUUAAUGUUUAAGCAAACACUCAUGUGCUGAAAAUACUGCUAAAACCUUUUUGGGGAGGAGGGAGUGAUUUUAUUUUUUUACCUUUUUACAUUGCUAGCUGUCUUUAUAGAACUAUUUAUUACUUUGUUGAUUUGUAUAAGUGCAAUUGGUCUGUAAAUGAAAAUUGUGAUGUUGUUGAUGCACUUUUCAGUCUAUUCAAUUUGUAGAAAAGUCAGUGCAUGCAAGUGUCCCAGACUGUCUGGGCUAGCGCUAAUGUCAAAGGUCACAGGUCACAUUUGAAAUAAUAAAGUGGCUUACAUCA